AUGGGACAGAAAGCACCCGAAGUUAGGGAAACUAGGGUCCUCUCACACAAUGUUUCCCCCGAGAAGCGAAGCCGGAAGGACUCAAUACCAUGGCUAAGAAAGCAUAAGGACACUCAGUGCAGUCUCGAAACAGUCCAUAAACACGGCUGGAAGCCCAUGACAAUAGGUGCACCAGUCCUGUUCUCGUUCGCAUUUGUUUCCUUCAUUCUCGCUGUCAUCAUCGAGGUCCUCGCUCAACAAAGCCAAAAGUUUGGCGGCCUCGCACUUUCGCCAUCGACCAACGAGAUACCGACGUUUGCCAAAUUCUGCUACCUGUUCCUUCCUACGAUUGUCGCCGUCAUAUACAGUCUUCUAUGGAGUUGGAUCGACUUGGAUGUAAAGCGCCUGCAGCCAUGGCUGGAAAUGUCAAGACCAGAAGGCGCAACAGCGGAACACUCAAUCUUUCUUGAUUAUCCAUAUGAGUUCGUCGCGUUCGUGCCCUUCAAGGCGGCUCGAAGGCGACACUGGGCGACGUUUUACGCUGCAACUGUCAUGGUUAUCAUCUUCUGGCUGCUCACCCCUCUUCAGAGUGCCAUAUUGGGCACCGGACCAGUGAGGGCCCAGAGGGCAGCUCAAGUCUUCUCCUACGUUGCCCCUCGCGCGGCCCCGGACCAGGCGUUUAUCUUGGAUCAGUCAAUUCUCAAUGAAGGUUACGCUCAAACUUGGCUGGACCAACCGCUGCCCCCAUACACCACUGAUGACUACACACUGCUACCAUUCAAGGCCGAAAGUAGAGAUACACCGGUGUCAUCCACCAAUUGGACAGGAUCUACGACCAAGUACUGGACAGAACUUGAAUGUUGGCCCGCAGAAGCCAGCAGGAAUGGACCACCAUCGAAGGAAACGUACGACUUCCUCAAUGGACGCGGGUGCAACGCCAGCGAGAUCGAUGUAUACGGCAAUCACGACAACAGCCAACCCUACAAGAUGCUCUACCUCGGGUACUACAGUAGUCCCUGGUCCGACUAUUGGCUAGGCAUGACGUGCUCGAAGGAAUCUGCGGGCGGCCAGUUCUUGGCCACUUGGGGCCAUUCACUCAACUAUCCCGAUUACAAGAUCAACCUCACAUCUCUCUUUUGCGAAACCAACUACUACAAGCAGGCUGUCAACGCCACAGUCAGCUCGGUCGAUUAUGUCCCACUGGAAGAUUCGGUUGUGCCGCUGGGCCCCCGGGAAAGAAUUGAAGAGAAGGAGUUUAACAUUACGGCCUUCGAGCGUUUGAUCAGCUCUGGUCUUUCUGUCAGCGAUGUUACUCCUGCGCUCCAAGAGAAGGUCGUGAGAGACUAUCCUUUUGAGCAUCUAUUGGAGCAGCAUCAACAGGUGGCGGAUCUCGGCGUCAUGUGGCCCAUGACGCCAAUGACCGGCUUUGCCAUAGGAUCCCACAAAAACGUUACCAGCCUGGAGUAUUUCAGGGAUGAGGCUGUGUUGGGCGAAGCUUUCAACUCGACGCACAAGAUGCUCUUCAAUCUUGCACUGCGCCGUGUUCUUGAUAACGUCACAGUAGCAGGACUGUCCGAAGGCAACGUGGACUUUGUCUUGCACGGCAUCAUCGUGAGCCGCCUCUUUUCCGCAAUCGUCGAAAGUUUCCUAGGUCUGGUCGGAUUUUUCACGGUUCUCCUUUGGUGGCAUGGACACAGGGCAACCAGCAGGUUGACUAUGGAUCCUGCAUCCCUGGGGUCUCUUAUCAGCCUAUGCAAAAACAGCCCGAUGCUGCUCGACAGGUUCGCGGGAAAGGGUGCUCUGUCUGAAGAAGCCCUGAAGCAAGUAUUUACGGACCAAAGAUUCAAGCUUUUCUGUGGAUGUCAGAGUCAAUCACGAGAGAUGGUCAUUAAGGUGGUCGACGUACGAGACGAAUCCAACCAAGAGCAGCGAAUCAGUUUGUCCCAGCCAGAGCCACUCUUCCCCGUUGGACACUAUUCACCCGUCAAGCCCUGGGCUCUGCGUAGGGAAGUUGGAGUUGCUGUUAUUGUGGUUAUGAUGGGAGGUGUUGCUGCGCUGAUAUAUCUGAAGCUGCUGGAGCAGCAGAACAAAGGUAUCAUCCGACCAAACGCGAGCUUUGAAGUUCUCCAACUUCUCGAGAAUUACGUCCCGACUAUCAUUGCAACAUUAUUGGAGCCAUUCUGGGUUCUCGUCAAUAGACUUCUCUGUCUCCUGCAACCAUUCCGGGAUCUCUGGUCCGGUAAACGACCAGCCAAAGGAUCGAUCAGCGCCCGAUACACCUCGCUUCCGCCACAAUUCGUCUUUUGGAGGGCCUCUCGUUCUGGCCACUUCAUCCUCACAGCCAUGUGCGGUCUCGCGCUCCUUUCUAACCUGCUAGCUGUCGGACUUGGUGGUCUGUUCAACGAAGAACCGAUCGCGAUCGAGCAUCCUCAUGAAUUCCAACAGUCGAUCAUGCCCAGGCUCAAUAACGAAUCGGUUUACAACUUUAGCAAUCCCAUCGCACCGUACGAGAUACCGUUUCUGAUUACUAUGAAUAACGUAACCCAGAACACUCCCUUGACCCGUUGGGUUAGCCAUGAGUAUUUCUUUCAGCCAUUCAAAGUCAUUCCGAAUGACACUGCGCCGGCGAACACCUACUCCGCGCGGACCACGGGUUUCGGAGUCAACCCAUCCUGCUCCGACAUGGGUACAUUCAAGACGCGAGGGAAUACACCAGAAGUCAACUACACGAUAAUGAGGAAUGGGGAAGCUGUGCAGGGAUGUCCAAGCAACUUCACGACGAAAGUUCUCGACUUGAACACGACGAUAUAUAAGGACCUUACUGGACGGGCCUCGGCAGAGUACGUUUCAGUUAUGAACAAGGACAUCACUGAUCUUACGAUCUGCCAAGUCCCGGUCAUGUUCGGCUGGUCAAGGAGUGCCCAGGCCGCAAAUAAGACUGGGGAGAUGGAAACUUGGGCCGUCGUUUGUGAUCCGGUGUUUACAACGGCCAUGUUUGACGUGACGGUGGAUUCAGAUGGAUACGUCAUCAGCUCGUCCCAAGUCUCCGAAUCGUCGCCGACACUCGACUACCCGCUCUCGACGAACCACACCGACAUGAUGAUCACCAUCAUCAACAGCUUGUUCACAACCAACAAGAACAAGUGGCACAACGAUACCUUUGCGCGAGACUGGAUCAACUACCUCCUCAAAAUCCAGCCAGGCCACGCCGACCUGCUCGACCCGAAGUCCACGCCAGACAUCCCCUCCCUGAUCCCCGACCUCGAAGCCUUGUAUCGCCAGAUCUACGUCCUCGCUCUCGGAAAUACGCAGCAGAACCUCUGGGAAACGUACCCUGAGCCGGUAACUAUUACUGGCAUCCGACACGUCACCGAGACGCGCAUAUUCAUGAACACCACCGCUCUCGCCAUCAGUCUCACAGUAUUGGGUAUCAACAUCGCUGUCGCUGUCGCUCUCUACGGCCUCGCUAUAAAGCAUUUCCUACCACGAAUGCCGACGACCAUCGGGUCGAUCCUAGCUUAUCUCGCGCCCAGUAGGGCUGUGCGCGAGUACGACGGCCCCGGGAGCCUUCAGAGUGCGACUUUCAGCUUCGGUCGGUAUGUCGCGGAGGAUGGACGCGCACACGUGGGCAUUGAGCUCGACCCGUUCGUUGUGCCUGUGAAACUAUCAGCGCUGCGGAAGGGCGACACGGAACCAAGGAAUGGGCUGCUGAGACGGGUUCUGGGCCGACGGAAAGUGGAACGGGGAGAUGAGACGUGGUUAUGA